AGUUCACCUUCCCAAAAUUCCUGACAUGAUUGCACAAAUUCAUUAUAAAAAUCUAAGCUCCUCCUUAUAGGUCUUAUCAUUAGGUUGUCACCCUUUUCAAAUACCUCCCAUUAUUGCUACCUAGUUAUUAGCCUUAUUUACACCUUGAUCCUACUUGUUCUUAUGGUCUAUAAAGCACAAGCACUUAGCCCCCCCUCCACCUCCUUACUUUGUACCUAUAUCCCUUAUAAAAUUUAGAGAGAGAGAGAGAGAGAGAGGGAGAGAGAGAGAGAGAGAGAGAGAGCUAGGAAUAUGUCUCAUGAAAAGAAAGGAGAAGAUGAAGGGAUGGAGCUGAGGAGGGGGCCAUGGACACUUCAAGAGGACACCCUCCUUACCCACUACAUUGCAUGUCAUGGAGAGGGCCGUUGGAAUCUCCUUGCUAGAUCCUCAGGGUUGAAGAGAACAGGAAAGAGUUGCAGGUUGAGGUGGCUAAACUACUUGAAGCCCGACAUAAAGCGCGGCAACCUGUCGCCCGAAGAGCAGUUGAUCAUCCUUGAACUUCAUUCCAAAUGGGGAAACAGGUGGUCUAGGAUUGCGCAAUACCUUCCUGGAAGGACGGACAACGAGAUCAAGAACUAUUGGCGUACGCGGGUGCAGAGGCAAGCGAGGCAACUCAAUGUGGACGCGAAUAGCGCGACGUUCCACGACGCGGUUCGCUGCUACUGGAUGCCGAUGUUGGUCGAGAAGAUGAGCUCGUCUUCUCCUUCACCAGGAUUCGUCGAUCCGAACACACCAAUCUCAUCAAUUCGCCAUGAUAUUGGCCAUCUCCAAGGGAACCAACAAUUCUUCGUACAAAAUUCGCAAUACCCGUAUGAGGAUUUGCUCUCUUAUGCGCUAAAUACCGCGGGUUCGGAGAACAAUAGUCCCUUGAAUGGCCUUAACUAUGGUCCCGAAAAAUAUGAUCCUUUGAUCACUGAUGAAGAUGAGUUCGCAGCGCAGUUAAGAUCAGCUUCUGCUUCUGCUUCGGCUUCGGCUUCAGCUUCAAUGUUGAGUGGAUAUUCAGAUGAUCAUCAUCCUAGUUAUAAUGCUAUACCUUAUAGUAGUAGUGGUGUUGAUAGUGUUGGCAAUUGCGUGUGGGGCAUGGACCAGUUAAGUUUUGAGAGAAAGCUAAAUGAGUUGGGUGGAUAUAUAUAAUAACUUAUCAUAAAGAAAGAGUGCAAUAAGAUGAGAGAGAAUAUAUAGUGUAACAAACUAUAAAAUUGGAAAUUGUAAAUGAUAUAUGCAUGCAUAUAU